AUGUAUAUAAUCAAUUUCCUAUUAUUAAUUGUCCCAAUUCUUCUUGCUAUAGCUUUCUUAACCUUAAUAGAGCGAAAAAUGCUAGGCUACAUACAACUACGCAAAGGACCAAACAUUGUAGGCCCUUAUGGCAUUCUACAACCAAUAGCAGACGCACUAAAAUUAUUUAUCAAAGAACCCUUACACCCCUCAACAUCAUCUAUCCUACUAUUCACCAUCGCACCUUCCCUAGCCCUAACAUUAGCACUAUCUAUAUGAAUCCCUAUACCCAUACCCCACCCCCUCAUUAACAUAAACCUAGGAGCCCUAUUCAUCCUAGCUACAUCAAGCCUUGCCGUGUAUUCUAUUUUAUGAUCCGGAUGAGCCUCAAACUCCAAAUAUGCCUUAUUCGGGGCACUACGAGCCGUUGCCCAAACCAUCUCAUACGAAGUAACCUUAGCCAUUAUCCUCCUAUCAAUCCUAAUCCUAAACGGUUCAUUCACACUUUCAACUUUAAUAACCACCCAAAAAAACAUCUGACUGAUCCUACCAACUUGACCUUUAGCCAUAAUAUGAUUCGUUUCUACCCUUGCAGAGACUAACCGAGCUCCAUUUGACCUAACCGAAGGUGAAUCAGAGUUGGUCUCAGGUUUUAAUGUAGAAUAUGCCGCAGGUCCAUUUGCACUAUUCUUCAUAGCUGAAUACAUAAACAUUCUCAUAAUAAAUGCUCUAACAACAAUUAUCUUCCUUAACUCUCUACCAACUUCCUCAAACCCAGAAAUUCACUCAACAAAUUUUAUAAUCAAAACACUAAUCCUAACAGCCUUAUUCUUAUGAAUCCGAGCCUCCUAUCCACGAUUCCGCUACGACCAACUAAUACAUCUUUUAUGAAAAAACUUUCUACCAUUGACUCUAGCUUUAUGUAUAUGACAUAUUUCAAUACCUAUUUUUAUAUGCAGCAUCCCCCCUCAAUCAAUAU